GGUGUCAGAAAAAGGAACUAAAGCAUGUUGAAAUUUUGUCCCUCUGGCGGCAAAAAUUGGAACUAAAUUUUCGAUAUCGAAUUAGCGCCCCCUGGUGGUGAAAUUUGGAACUAAAUUUGACACCAUCUUUCACUUUCUGGUGCAGGGAUUUAAAUGAAGCAAGGAUGUAAAAUAUGCAGGGAUAUAAAGGGCGCAAGUAUGUAAGGAAUGGGGGAAUAAGGAAAGUAAGGUUGUAUGGGAUUCGGGGAUAUAAAGAAAGCAGGGAUAUAAGGAAUGCAGAGCUAUAAGAGAUGGAGGGAUGUAAAGGAUGCAGAGAUGUAAGAAAAGCCGUAAGGGAUCCUGGAAUGUGGGAGAUAUAGGAUUGAGUAUGCUCGAGUACACCCUCCUACCUCUUUGACGUCCGAAGACAGACUGACGUGUUUCUGCGCGAAGCUACUAAUUUAUAAAUGCACCGCCAGAUGAGGCCGUCAAGGACAGAAAGAUUCAUUUUCAUCGACAAUUAAUUAUGCUUAGUUGUUUAUUAUCACAUGAUAAUUAUACCGACUGUGGUAUCUACAUGCAGACCUAACUCCAUCUAGAUGGCAGGUAGUGUGAGGCAAUUAGAAGAACGACAGCUUCCAGCUGAAGUAACAAGAAUGCAAUGGUCACCAAAAAUGGAUCUCUUAGCAAUUGCUAACAUAAAAGGAGAAGUUACAUUGCAUAGAUUAACAUGGCAAAGGGUUUGGCUAUUAAGCCCUCAAGAAGAAGCAGAUAGCGUAGUUAACUUAGCAUGGAGACCAGAUGGAAAAUUUCUUGCCGUUUGUUAUGAAACUUCCAAAGUAAUCUGUUUAGUGGAUAUUGAAAAUAAAAACAUUAUUCAGAGAACAAAGCUUGCAUUGCACAAUGAAAUUACAUGUAUGACAUGGCUACCAUUAACAAAUUUGGAAAGCGAUACUGUGUUAAAUGGAAAUAAACCAAACAUGCUGCCAACAGGAGAAUAUCUUCCACCUUUACCUAGUUUGAAUAGAAGUUUUGGACAAGAACCAGAACGCAAGGAAUUCUUAUCUCAAACAUUAGAUGUACUUUUUCUUGGAUUAGACAAUGGAAGCGUUGCAAUGUAUGUAUUUGGAAUGUUCUAUUGUGGUACAAUUUCAGUUGGUCAAGAUAGAAUAUUAGAAAUUAGUGGUGGAUUUGGUAAACCUAUGUGGGUCACAUGGAAAGACAAUGGCGGCAUCAAAGCAUGUAGAUUAUGGUGUCCAUUGUUAGAGCAAAGCACAGCAUUUUUUAAGGUAGCACAAGCUCAAGCAAACAUAGAAUAUUUGAUGGAUUAUCUUUCACGUACAUUAAUGGCAAUCUCAGAAGCAUGGGAAACAAUUCUUCUUGAAAUGGAUGAAAAGCUCGCACGAUAUGCAGAAACAAAUCCACCUGGCGGGGUUGCUGCAGAUUUUCUAGAAUUAUUAAUGAUCGGUAUACCAACCCCAAACUUAGAAAGCUUUUUGUUACGAGAUUUGACCGAAAAAGGAUUAAAAAAGUUGGGACACAGUAUUGAAAUGUGCUACAGUAAUAUACAGAAAUUAGUCUUAAAAAAUUUAACAAAUGUUGGAAUGGCUUUAGUGUAUCAGCUGGCUGAAAUGAGAGGAAUGGUGAGAUUAGGUGGUCCAUAUGAAUUACUAGGAUUUGCCAAUGAAAGUAUUAUAACUAAUGCUCUUCAUGCAUCAGAAGCUUUCCUAGCAAAAUCAUCCGAAAUUCAACAAGUAAUAGAUCAUAGUAUGCGCGACUAUAAAGCGUUUUUCCGGUGGUUGUAUGUCGUAAUACUAAGAUUAACGGACGAAAGAAUACCGCCGGAAGUAAGUCGCGUUAGUCAACAAGAGCUAACAUUUAUUGCGGAAUUUCUACGUGGUUUUGAUAAAACUGAACCAGGUGUUGGAGGGAGAAAAGGAGUGAAUUUAGAAAAAUUAGGCCAAUAUUUACGACGUGAAAAUUUACAAACUUGUUUGACACCCGAAGGAAGCGAAUGGACAGCAAUGCUCAGUGAAAAUCAUUGUCUUCGUGAUCAUCCGCUUAUCAUAAAACAGGAUCUUAAUUUCUCCUUGUUACAAUCCCAUGCAAAAUUAAUUUCCGCGAUACAUAAUGUUUUCCGUGAGGCUUACCAAGGCUUAGUUGAACAUUUCACUGUCACCACUAUCGCUUUGACUCCGUCCGUAUCGUUUACAUCAUCCCAAAUUGCAACAAAUAAUGAUGGUUUACUUGUAGCUACAUGUGAUAUGGAUCAUAAAGUAUUACGACUAUUUAGAAUUGAAUGUUCACAUACAGAGCAUAUCUCCCUCAACUUUAAAUUGGGUACAAUUGAUGUAGAUCAUAGAUCAGAAUCCUACUCUAAAGCUUGUAUAGAUGGGACUGUAAUUGAUUUACAGUUUUAUUCUCAGGAAUAUCUAAGUUUAUUGUUACUAAACAAACAUAAUCACGCAUCAUUUCUGAUACAACUACCAUUAAAGUACCCUGAAAUUUUUGAAAAUCAAGAUAAAAAUGCAGUUAGUCUGGCUGACCUUAUAGGUAACAACUGGCCUCGGCCUUUUCAAGGUAUUUCUGCUAGGCGAAUAGCAGUGAGUGGUGCGCGAAAAGUUGCCGCUAUUUUAAAUGAAAGCAAUAGAAAAAUAAGAUUAUUAGAAACUGAAGUUGAACCUGAAGAUGAGGAAGACGAAGUAGACGAAGAAGAUGGAGUUAACGAUAGUAUGUUGGAUACCACGCAUGAAAAACCUACAACUAGCUCACAAUAA